AUGUGGGCAAUCAAGGUCUUACCGGCCUUGUUUGGCCUACGUCCAUGGUUGACCCCGUCGCUGCCUUUCUCCAACGUCGAGGUCGUCGAGGUCACGAGAUUUGUUGUCAAUGCACCGAGCGUGUGGCCUACGGUUACUGUUACUGAGACCAUUGGUGUUCCGGCGAGCGCCAUUAGCUACGCCUUUUUCACUACCUCUUCCACGUCGACCUUGCCAUCUCCCCGUCCUACACUCGACCCCUACAACCACCCUCCACUGCCUCGGUCUGUUCGCCACGCUCAAUCAGCUAUUUUCGAUUCGGCAAUUCAGCAGUCCACGUCCAUGUUUUCCUCCCUCUCGGAUCCACAAUACUCCAGGCUUGAUCUGAUCAUGGGUGUCCUGUUGGCUUUUUCCACGAUGAUGGUUUUUCUGAGCUACCAAAUUCUCAUCAAAAGGAAGGAUAUACACACUGUCAUUCAAAGGAUGGAUGCAAUUCCUGAAUAUAUCAAGAACUAUUUUGAUUAUGCUGCAUGGCAGAUGAACUACAUUGGCUUAAUCAUCGCGCAGUGCAUCUGGCUUUGUGGAUAUUGCACACCUCAGAUGGUACUGACUUUCCUCAUCACAUAUAUUCUCAUUGCAAUUGUAUGCUUCAUGUGGCUAUCGCUCAAGCUGAGAGCCGCCCAGGGCGCUCGAUUGCUGGCUCAAUGGGCAGUCGCUGCGGGACCAUUGGCGAUCCAAUGCGUCCGUGCUUUGAGGAAGUGGACAGCCAGGCGAUCUAUUCAAUGGUACAAUGAUGGAACGAUCAAAAAGCACAUCAAAAAUACCGGUGAGCGGUGGUUAACCAGAAACUCCACUAGCGAGUUCCUAUUUCCGAGGACAUACAGCAUCCUACCGAACCGCCCGACACAAUCUCAGAUGUUCAAGGCCAUUGCGACGGAUCUGUCUUUUCUGGCUUGGAAUUCUUUUAUUCUUCUGUUCAAGCUCCGUCUUCAAUCCUGCACGCACAUUCGUCGUCAUGCGAAAGAUGUCUAUUGGGUCACGUUGCAAAUCAUUUUUGGGCUCGAUGGUGAUGACUUGUCUUGGCCAGUAUGGAUGGCUUGCUUCAAGUGCAUCUUGAGAAACGUCCGCAUGGUCAUUGAUAAACUCUAUACACUUGUCACCGCGUUCUGCGGUAGUAUUCAGAGUUUUGUGCAGCUUCUACAAGCCUGGUACAGACGCGCCAUUGUCUUUUUCGCAUUCGAGACAUUUGGUAUCGAUGGAAAGAAGGUAGAGAACCCCAACAGCUACGCGCAUGAAACCUUCAACGCCUUCAUGGAAACGUCAUCAUACAAUUGGUGCAAAACUGCCCUCUUGUACCUGAGGCUCAAGGCGACUGAAGAGGAUCUCGCCGAAGCACGAAGGGAGCCCAAGAGUAUCACACAACAAGGCAAGCCUGACUAUGUUCACGAACUUGCCAACAAAUGCGUUGGCUACCGACGCACGCUCCUAGAAGUCGUCUCAGACAACAACUACCUUCGUCUCCUGGCUUGCAGCAUGUUGAACGCUCACCACAACAUAAUCAACGGCAGGAGGCCCAAUGACCUCUACGCCGAACAUCCCUACCAACCCAGUCUCAUCAAAUUCACCCCGGUCCCCGAUCAGCAAACGGGCCUCUACCUUGGCUACAACGAGCACACGCGUCGUAAAGACCACGACCUGGGCCACGAAUACCGGCGUAACGUCGAAAACUUCGCAAUGGACAUUGCUCGCGAGCCUCACCGCAUGUCCGCCAUUCUCAAGCGGCACCCACUGCUCCGCGGCCACGUCCCAGACCACUUCGACCCGUUCCUCAAAGACCACUGGGUCUUCUCCGGCGUGAUCCCUGGAAUGAACAUCCCGUCGUACACCACAACCAACAACCCCUUCGACAUCACGGCCAAGCGCGCGCGGCCCAUCACCAAUCCUGCGCAGCAGUUCGGCCCGCAGAUUGAAGAUUUUGCUGCUGACGGGCGUCUGGACCAGUGGACUGAGUUUGCUGCUCCAAAACAAAAAUCCACGCCGUUCAGCAGCGAGGGACUGCGCGGCUUCACGAAAGGAAUGCGGUUUGGCGCUACGCCACUGAGGAAACAUGCGGUUCUGAUUUCUUCGGCUGUGCCGCUGAGGGCGUAUGCGGCCGAUCCUUGUCCUAGGGGUGAGCCCAGACGGGGGGAUCUCCCGGUUUACAGGAAGAACUUUGCUUGA